AUGCCAGCCUUUACCUUAAACGUCAGCGAACAAAGCCAAAGCAGCAGCAGCGAUAGCAGCAGCAGCAGCAGCAGCAGCAGCAGGCAACACAGCAGUGGUCAGUGGAGCUGCCACAGCCGGCAGCUUCUGCUGGUCAUCAUGAUCCUGGCCGCGGUGGUGCCACAGACACAGGCACGCCACCUGCGCGACCAGGUGGCAUUGGACUAUGCCUACGACGAGGACAACUCGGCCGGAAGGUCGGCCUCGUCCUCCUCCUCCUCCUCCUCCUCUUCAUCGGGCGGUGUCCUGCCCGCCUUCAAUGCCGAUCCGUACCACGGCCUGUCCGAGAGCUUCGGCGAGGGCAGCUACGACAGCGAUCUCAGUCUCAGCGAGAGCAGCUACGAGGAGAUCGCCCAGGCGGCCAUUCGGGCCGCCAAGAGGGAGAUGCGCCGCCAGAGGACGCGGCACGCCCGCAGCCACAACCUGCGACUCUUCGCCGGCAGCAAGCCGGACGUUCCCGAGUGGGAGAAUCCCUGCGGCGGAACAUACACGCCGGACGAGAGCCUCGGCGACAGCAGUGCGAGCCAAGGACGGGUGAUCAAGCGCAAGCACCUCGAAAACCUGCGGAACAUCACGAUGAGCGAGUACCAAGACAUUACCCACCGCGCCACGCUGGAGUACGGCAACCACCAGCACUUUCAGCGCGAGUACAAGUUCCUGCCGAACAUGACGAAGCCCACGAGUGCGGUGAAGCUCAAGACCUGGUACCGCCACAUGCAGACCUUCGUGGGCAGCUUCUCGUAUCUGGGACGGGCGCAGUACAAGUUCCGCAAGGAUCAGCAGAAGAGCCUCAACGAGGCGGUCACCCGGGAGCUGCACGACCUGCUGGUCAGCGCCAGGUCCAUGCUCUGCGAGAUCGAGUCGACCAUCAACGCCUCCUAUCCGAACAGCAACGGGGCGAAGCUGAGCCGUGUGAGUCGCCAGGCGAUGGAGGAGCGGCUCAACUUCCACACCCCCGCCGACGGUUCGGCGGAGGCGGACCAGCGGGACCUGAAGGUCAGCAAGGAGCUGUACUUCCAGUACCUGGACAACGUGUGGAAGACGCUGCACCGAGCCCUGCGCCGGCCCAAGCGCAACAGCGGCGAGCGGCGCCACCCGGCGGCCCACCGAGCGGGAGGGGGAGCGGGGGCGAGCGGCCUGCGGGCGGGCAGCUCCGAAAUGCUCGACCUGGGCUCCAACUCCUCCAACGGGGCCGGACUGAACUCCGGCUCCGAAUGCGGGUCCGCCGAGUGCUAGGUGGAGUCCACCAGGCCGAGAUCACGCCCUUCCAGUAUUACAGCUCCACAGCUUGAAAGCCAAAUAGAGGACCACCCGACGAACAGAGCGGGAGAGAACGAAGAAUUUUUGUCGAAUGCCAUUUAGACACGUACUACUAGUAUUUAUUUAUUUAUUGAGUAUUGAGUAUUGAGUAUUGAACAUUGAGCAUUGAACAUUGAGCAUUAGAGCAUCAUUCCAUUCCAGUUGCCAAUCCAAUCCAAUGCAAACCAUUUCCCAUCUGGACCAGCGCCACCUCGACUAUUUAUUUCCCAUUUAGGAUAUGCCCACUUUUUUUUCUCUAUGUGUAGUAAUUUAUUUAUUUAUUAUUUGUAUCAAUAUUGUAUUUAUACCUAUUUAUUUGUGAACGGCGGUAGAAGUUCGCCAACAAAAACCAACAAAAAACCAGCCACAAACAAAAAAAUGCUUAAAUCUACUGUGAUUUAUUUUAAGUACUUUUUUUGAAUAGUUCUUAGUGAAUGUGAAAAAAACGAUUGUGAAUGAAAACGAA